AUGCGCACUUCGACAGCGGAUGGCUCGGUCGCACCCCUCUCCAAAGCAGACCAAGCGCUUGCCGUGAUGUCCAGAACCAAGGUCACAGCCUCACAGCACAUCAUGGUCUUGAGUUUGCCGUCGCGAAAACAACAGUGGCCAAACCCCGAAGAAUCCAUAGAUGCUGCACGCUGCUUUCACCUCCUCAACGACCGUUUUCAGGAUAGGAUUGUACCAUACAAGUGGUGGGGCGUCAAAGGACCUGCGCUAGCCGCCUAUCUAGAGAUCGACGAAACGCUUCAUCAUUUUCUCAGCUCGCGUGACGACUUUUUCGAAGGGGAGCGGAAGACGCAUUUGUUUCACUCUGCCGGCUGCUAUAUGGUGGGUCGAAAGGCGUCCAGUGCCAGGCCUUGUAUAGCAAUUGGUUGCGAAAGCAAAGUGUACUGCCAGCGCGCGACAGCGGCACUGCAGCAUGAGCAGUGGUGGCUGAAUUUUACCUCGAAAUAUCCCGGCUUCCGACUGGUGGAGGUUCGCAAUGCUCCCCGGCCGAGGAGCUUAGGCAACGAAACCCGACACCUGGCGAGGACCGAUACACUGAAGCCACUCGAAGUCUAUACCUCGCACGCGACUAGCUCGCUCUAUGGGGCGCCAUUCUAUGCCGCGGAUGAAGAGGCCGACGUACUAACGCUGAGGGCAGUUAUUGGCGGUGUGGUAUUCCUGGGUGGCUAUGCUUAUGGCCUCACCGUUGCGCAUGCGGUGCAGAAAACUGUCAUUCCUGACGACCAAGAGCCGGACGUUGAUGAAGAAGACGGACAAACCUAUUUUACCUUUCUGGACGAUGAUGAUGCGGACGAAGAGCCUAAUGGUGCGGACGAAGAGCCUGAUGAUGCGGACGAAGAGCCGGACGAUGCGUUCGACAGUGAUGCUAUGUCUAUGGAGAGCUUCGGCUCAACGCGAGAAUCUAUACCAAUGAGAUCAACUCCGAGACUGGCCGCGAACGCAUCACGACGCCUGGGUUAUGUCAAGUUUGAGUCUUCCAGAACCGCGGACGACAGUCUAGAUUGGGCGCUCAUCAGCCUAGAAAACGGUUCGACCCUGGUCGAACAAGUUUGUGCUCCGCCCUCACAGGAAGACAGCGAUCGUGCCGCCAGACUGGUCACAGACGUAAGGGGCCCGCCUUGGGAGUCGAUUCACGCCGAGGCUAUCAGAGGCGUCAGUGGGGUUCCUGAGGAAGCGUAUGUGAGCGGAGCGCCGGAGUACAUUCGGCUACCCGAUUCAAAGCAAUUCGCCAAGGUAUAUGCAGUUCGACUGAGCUCUGAAAUCGGUGAGUGA